AUGUUUCCCGACAUCGUCCGGCCUUCUCGCGGUUUAGAGCUAAACAUGGACGCCAUGGACGCGACGUCUCCACACAAGCGGCGCCGCACCGCUCAGGACUGCGUGGUGCUCGACGUCGGCGGGACUCUCUUCAAGUCAACCAUCUCCACGCUGACGAGCUCGUGCACAUACUUUGCCUCGCUCUUCUCCCACGAGUGGGCUCCGGCCAGCGAAUCGCGAGAGAUAUACCUCGACCGCGACCCGGAUGCCUUCAAAGUGCUGCUCUCGUGCCUCCGCAACCACGUGGCGCUGCUGCCGGAGACCGAUCCCGACCUCUGCAAGCGAGUGCUGCUCGAGGCGGAGUUCUUCGGCGUCGAGUGGCUGCUGCGGGACGUCAAGCACCAGACCCUCCGCCACGAGCCCUACUCUGCCGGCGAGCGAGGCCGCUACUCUGGCUGGGACCCGUCCGCCAGCACCGACGUGCUCAAGGACCCGGCCCGGGCGGCGCAAAAGUUCGACGAGCUCUUCGGCGGGCUGCGCGUCUUGCCGUCGCGCUUCUUCCGGAAGGCGGACCCGUACGGCGCGCAGGCCAAGGUCCGCCACCUCGUGCCUGCGCCGCUCGGCGACCGCGUCGUCUUCAGCGACUCAACCGGCACCGACGUGGCGAGCGCUCGGCCGAUCGCCUACGCAUUGGUGGAGGAGCCGAGCGGCAACCAGUACAUGGACGCGGUGAUCGCCUCGCGCCACCCGCCCGUGCGGGGGCGGGCCGGCGAGCUAAACUUGCACAACAGCAACUUCCUCGACUACGACGAGCAGAUGGUGCUCGCGACCGCCUUUGUGGAUCAGCGGGCGGACUGGAGCGACCACAACUGGGGCAUUGUGCAGGGCGCGAGCGAGGGCGGCCACCACGCGUCCCGACCAGCGCUCGAGGGGGACAUGCCAGGCCUCGUGGAGAUGGUCGACUAG